GGACCGGGAAGUCCUUCGUGGAAGCCCUCAAGUGGCUGGCCAAAGCUGUGCGCGGGGGCAGCACUGCAGCAGCCUUCGCCUUGGGCUGCAUGCACCUCUCGGGUUUAGGAGCUGUCAGGGACUGUCCCCUUGCUGCUGCGCUGCUGAAGCUGGCAGCAGAUCGAAACCCUCAUUUCGCGCUGCUGCUGCAGCGGGCGUACACGGCGUACGAGCAGCAGGCCUACGACGAAGCAGCUUUCAACUUUCUUCUUCUCGCAGAAGCUGGCCACGAGGCCUCUCAGAGCAAUUUGGCGUUUCUGCUUGACGCUGGCCUCACAGACAUAUUCUUCGACGGAGAUUUCGCCUACUACGGGUACGGUGUUCGCCGCCGCAGCUCCAGCAUGAAAUACCCCAGAGACUUUGUGGAUGAGAGAGGCGAGUCUUUUGAUGGGUGGCUUUUCCAGCCCAAAUUGUGGCUUGAGGAGGGCGUGAGAGACUUUGCUGAGGCUGCAGCAUUUUACCGCAGCGUUGCGGACUCCGCCAACUGGGGCCCUGCCCUAGCAGCCAAGGUAUGUCUGCAGCUGCAGCAGCAGCAGCAGCAGCAGCAGCAGCCGCUGCAGCAGCAGCCGCUGCAGCAGCAGCCGCUGCAGCAGCAGCAGCAGCAGCAGCGGUGGUUUCAAUCAUUUCAAAAGGCAAGACCCGUCUCGCGCGUUUCAUUCUUAAGGGUCCAGGAUUUAGGAUUUAGGGGCGCGGGAAACACCCCCGCGUUGGUGAACAGUUUGUUGACUUCGCUGUGCAACAUUUCGCCCUUCUUCAGGAGCCUAGAAGCUGAUGAACACGCCCCCACUGCUCCUGUCUAUUUGGGACUUGCUGCUGUUCGUCUUUUGGACUUUCUGCAGAGAGUGGGGCCCGCAGAGAUCCUACAGUCCCCCCUCAUGGAGCCCCGCAUUUUGUUUUUGCUGCUGAACAUCAUCGCCAUGGCUUUGCUGCUUGUCUUGAGAGCAGUGCUGCAGGCGCUGAGGAGAGAAAGAGGGCUGACUGAUGGGGCCUUUGAGGCUGCUGCUCAGCAGGGCCAAGGGCCAGCAGCAGCAGCAAGGCAGCAGCAGCAGCAGCAGCAGCAACAGCAACAGCAGCAACAGCAACAGCAGCAGCAGCAGCCGCAACAGCAACAGCAGCAGCAGCAGCAGCCGCAACAGCAACAGCAGCAGCAGCAGCCGCAACAGCAACAGCAGCAGCAGCAGCCGCAACAGCAGCAACAACAGCAGCACACGGAGCAGCAGCAGCAGCAGCACGAGCAGGACAAAGAGACGGAUCCUGCUGCUGCAUCGCUUAGCAGCAGCAGCAGCAGCAGCAACACGAGCAGCAGCAGCAGCACCAGCAGCAGGACCAGCGCCAAAGAUACGGCUGGAAAUGCGAGUGGCCCUGUGGACACCAGCAGCAGCAGCAACAGCGGCAUCAGCAACAGCAGCAGCAGCAGCAGCAGCAACAGCAGCAACAGCAGCAGCAGCAGCGACAGCAGCAGCAGCAGUAGUAGCGACGCUAACAGCAGCAGCGCGGGCAUCAGCAGCAGCAGCAACAAUGACAGUAGCAUCAGCUUCCCCAACAACAACAGCAACAACAGCAGCAACAGCAGCAGCAACAGCAGCAGCAGCAGCAACAACAGCAGCAGCAGCAACAGCAGCAGCAGCAGCACAACUGAUGCACAGGGGCCCCCAGCUGACCCCACAUUUUGCCUGCAGCAGGAUAGGGCCCCUCCUGCUUCCAGCUAG